UUCAUCUCUCCUUCCUCCCAAUGACUGAAGAGAGAGAAAGAGGAGGAGGAGGAGGAGGGAGCAUAGCUACAUUACCAACACACACAUACACACACUGGUUACAUUACACUGUGGAAGCAGUGCGGGAGCAGUGGGAAGUCGAUCCGCGACGUUUUUCCUCUCUAUCUUCUUUUUUUCUGAUUGUUUUUACGACUUUUUUGCUUUUAUCCCUCCUCACCCGACCGGCUUUGAGGAUGUAUUUUGAGGCGGCUCACCGCGUCGCUUGUUGUCCUCUCUAAAGUGUUAAAAGUGUUUUUCUUCCAAGUUGCACAUCCAUCAUUUACCUUCUCACCUCCAACACGGUGUUUUGGUUUUGUUAUCCUACUUUUUUUUUUUUUUUUUUUUUCCUCCUCGCAAGGACGCCACAUCUCUCUUUUUCACUGGACCACCGGGGAAAUAUCAUUUCUCACUUAUUUUUGAAUUUUUUAUAAAUGCACUUUUUAACGUUGAGUUAUUUUAUUUUUUUUUGUACUGGACCGUACCCGUCGUCGGUUGUGUAUGUUCACUUAAAAAAGUGAUGAUAUUUUAACUCGUUUGGUUUGUCUCCUCUUUUUUUUUUUUUUUUUUUUGGUUUUUUUUUUUUAUUCUCAUGACAUUGAGGCGUGCACCGGACUCUCAUUCUGAGCCUUUACAUCUCAAGUUUUUCGGGUCUGACUUUGAGUCCUUUUUAGUUUAAACACUCGUGGUUUAAAAGAGGAGGGGGAAAAAAAGAAAAGAAAAGGAAAAAGGACGCCGACAGCAGCCACAGUGCUCCUGUUGCUUCAGUAAAGACACACCGGCACGGCAGCGUGUUUGCACGCCGCUUCCUCUCCCGGUGACUCACGGUCGACGCUCCAUUUAAAAAUAAGAGGGGACGUUUUCCCCCCACGCUUGUUUCGGGGGAUUUUAGUGGGAGUUUUAUCCCCCCCCCCCUCCCAAACCCCCACACCCCACUCUCUCUAGUUCCGGACAGUGCUGGCGUGUGUGUGUGUUGUCUCCAGUGUUCCUGGUGAGAAAAGCCCAUAGAAAUAAACAAAUAAUAAACAAAAUGCCACAGUUGUCAGGCGGCGGCGGAGACCCGGAGCUGUGCGCCACGGACGAAAUGAUCCCGUUCAAAGACGAAGGAGACCCGCACAAGGAGCAGAUCUUCGCGGAGCUCAGCCACUCCGAGGAGGAGGGAGACCUGGCAGACAUCAAGUCAUCUCUGGUCAACGAGUCAGAGAGCAGCCCCAACAGCAACAGCCACGAUGCAGCUAGACAGUCCCAAAUACCGCAAGAUUCAUAUCAUGAAAAACACAGAGACCAUUCGGAUGAUGGAAAACUUCAAGACAUGUACAGUAAAGGGCAUCCAUACACGGGGUACCCAGGUUACAUCAUGAUGAGCAACAUGAACGACUCCUACAUGAACAAUGGCUCCCUCUCGCCGCCCAUGCCCAGAACGUCCAACAAAGUCCCUGUGGUGCAGCCGUCCCAUGCAGUCCACCCACUCACCCCACUGAUCACGUACAGUGACGAGCACUUCGCCCCAGGAUCCCAUUCCGGUCAUCACCCCCAGGAUGCCAACAACAAACAAGGAAUGCCAAGGCAUCACCCAGGACCAGACAUGCCCAACUUCUACUCCUUGUCUCCUGGAGGAGUUGGGCAGAUCACGCCACCGCUGGGAUGGUUCUCACACCACAUGGUGCCGGGCCCCCCAGGUCCCCACGCCACAGGGAUCCCCCACCCGGCCAUCGUCAAUCCACAGGUCAAACACGAGCCUCUGCAUGAAACAGACAUCAUGCACAUGAAACCCCAGCACGAACAGAGAAAGGAGCAGGAACCCAAAAGACCGCACAUCAAGAAGCCGCUAAACGCCUUCAUGCUCUACAUGAAAGAGAUGCGCGCAAAUGUGGUCGCCGAGUGCACACUGAAGGAGAGCGCCGCCAUCAAUCAGAUCCUGGGACGAAGGUGGCAUGCUUUAUCUCGGGAAGAGCAAGCUAAGUAUUAUGAGUUAGCCCGCAAGGAACGGCAGCUCCACAUGCAGCUCUACCCAGGCUGGUCUGCUCGAGACAAUUAUGGAAAGAAGAAGAAGCGGAAGAGGGAGAAGAUGCAGGAAACGGCCCCCGGUACAGGCCAGAGAAUGAAAACGGCGUACAUCUGAGAAAAUGGAGGAAAACGUAGCAAUUUCUCCACAUGCAAAGCGAAGGCAGCAGCUACGGGCCCUCUGCUAGAGAUGGAGGCCUGUUAGAUUCCAUGAAGACCCUUAAAUCUCCAAAACUGAAGCCUCCAGUUCUCAGAGGACCCUCCUCCUCCCCUCCCACUCCCCUCUCCCCCACCUACCCAUCCCUCCGACCCCGUCCUAACCCUACUCCCUUUCCUUCAACACAGUCACCACCACCACCACCACCACCAAAAAUACUUCACUGUUUGACUCUACUCCCUUCCUGAAGGCGCCUGCUGUAGAGACACUGAACUGAACUGAACGAGACAAUCACGAUUCGUAGGAGCACCCUCACGCAACCACGUUCUCUCACCGAAAAAAAACAUCAAUUUGACGUCUGUGUUUUGUCAGUUUCCUUUACAAUCAGCUUUACUGCAAAUCCAAGGCACUGCACUGAAAAACAGCAGCACAAACUUCUCCACUGCACUGCCCGAACACUCCCAAACACCUGUUCCUAAGUUACUGUAAUUUAUUUGUCACCUCGGUUCCUUUGUAUAGCUCAUUAGGCCGACAUUCACUCCCUCACCACCUCCCCGCCCCCGUGUCUUUCUCUCCCUGGAUUUUUGAGACCAUUCGGGGUUUCGCCUGCCCGACCAAACACCUCUUUUUAGACUGCACUAAAGGAAGAUGGAGGGAUCUCAUCUUGUCUAAGAAAACGUCCUCAAGACGCCAUUUUAGUUCGUUGCUGACCAGUUGGUGCAAAAAAGGAUCAACAUUUUGAUUUGCUUUUUAUUUUAGACUGAGUUUUAUUUUGAAUGCUUUUUUUGUAUCUUGAACCCUUGUUUCAAUUUCUCGGUGUAUAUUUUUGUGAUUUUUUUUUUUUUUUUUUUAAAUAUUGUUUUUUUUAUAUAGUGGUAUAUAUAUGAAAAUAAGCUUUGGACACAGGAAAGCCAUUUUUCUUGUUGAAGCGUCUUGCAGAAAAUUGAAACUUAAGGCUUCUUUUGAUAACUAUUUGUAACAAAUAGUGACCUCGAGUCUUGCUCAGAUGUAAAAUAAUGCUCAGUAUGUGUACUUUUUAAAACUGUCAGGAUAUGUCAAUUUUCUUGGUAUUUUUGCAGGCAACAUUAGGACAAAGGCGAGAGUGAUAGCUCAGAGGCCUAUAUUUUAUUGUUCUAAAACAUGACAAAUGAAGCAGAUAUAUAUAUUUACCCCAGCACUUGGCAGUCUUUCUUUUAUUGCAAUGGACCUUUGUCUUUUCUCUCUGGUAGCUAAUAGUGUGGUCUUUAGCCAUGUUGUUUAUUCCAUGCAAGCAUCUCUGUAACAUUUUGAUUUUAAUGCUCUAUUUUAGUAUUACUUGAUGAAUUCCUUUUUUUAUUAUCAUGUUUUGGGUCACUGUCAUCUUGGUAUAGCAUUUUGCUUUCCAAGUGGUCAUAUUUGAACUGUUUCAACAUGUUUUUGUUUUGUUUUUUGUAAGAAAAAUAAAAAGGCACCAUUGGCUCAUUUGAUCACUCGUGUGGUAGAAAGACCUGAGCUAGAGGUGCCAGAUGUAACA